AUGCGUAUGCAUGGGUUUCUCUCGUCAGUUCAGUCCUCUCGUCGCUCUUUGGUUGGUCGCAGGAGUCAUAUCUUACAACUGCACUGGUGUAAUACCCACCGGAGCAUCUGCCAUCAUGCCCGCCGUCCUGCCCUACACCUCGUUGGAGCUUCAGUCUCAGCUCCAGCCCAGCUUGAGCAGAUAAGGAGUAAAAAGACCCAAUCUACUUUGAAAAUUAAGGACUUACCUCAGGGUGCUUUGAAACUCGAAUCCUACAAUGAUGCCCCGGAAGAUGAUACACCUCAAUAUCCAACGGUGAUCCAAGGACACCGGAAUAACAUGCAGAAGUUCAGGAACUGUGUAUUGUUGACGAGAGUCGGUGGUUUUUACGAGUUAUACUUCGAACAAGCAGAAGAACUAGCUCCAUUACUCAACAUCAAGCUUAGCUUAAAGAAAACCAACGCGGGCCCUGUUCCCAUGGCAGGCUUCCCGUUUUUCCAGGUCGACCGGUUCCUGAAGGUUCUGGUUCAAGAUCUCAACAAAUAUGUCGCUAUCAGUGAAGAGUUCGCCAACACCGCAGAAGAAAAGGCACGUUCUAAAGGCCUGAUGUUCGACCGCAGAGUGGCCAGAGUCAUCACACCUGGUACUCUGAUCGAUGAGAAGUUCAUGGAUCCAACUCAGAAUAACUUCCUACUAGCGAUCUAUAUGGAUGUCUCCUCGCUAAAGGCGCAUGUAGAAGGGCAGGCCGCUGAGGAUAGCGAAGUAACCUCUCAUCAACAUGUCCUGGCAUCACCUUCUCAACCCGUAGGCCUUGCCUGGCUUGACCUGUCUACGGGCGAGUUUCUUACCCAGUUCACGACAGCGCAGAUGCUUCCCUCGGCCAUCGCGCGUAUUGGAGCUCGCGAGAUACUGGUUGACCAAAUUACUCAGGAUCUUAUUGGACAUGAGUUGCGGUCACUGGUUGGACAGGAGCAACGUCUAUUGACCUUCUUUCCGUUUUCUGGAGACGUUGCACCCAUGUCGGACUGGGGCCCAAUGCUCGAAACACCAGUUCCAGCGGACACUAUCGACGCGUUUACGCCAGAGGAAACUGCUGCGGGAUAUAACCUUUUGGAAUACAUCCGGGUUCAGCUGCAAGGCUCGAACAUGCAACUCCAACCACCCAGACGUCGACACCUAAAUGAGUCCAUGAAUAUUGACCGUAAUAGUUUGAGGGGUUUGGAGAUCCUCGAGACAGCCCGCGACGGGUUCGGGAAAGGAAGUCUUCUUCAUGCAGUCCGACGAACCAGCACGAAGAGCGGGGCCCGUCUGCUGAGAGACCGUUUGACGUCCCCAUCUACAUCACUGGAGGUCAUCAACGAACGCCUUGACCUAGUGUCGAUUUUCAUUGAAGAUACGGGACUACGAAGAAAUACAAUGCAGUUGCUAAAACGUAGCUACGAUGCUCAACGCCUAGUGCAGAAAUUCACACUGGGACGUGGCGACGCAGAUGACCUGAUUUGCCUUUCAAGAGCCAUCCAGGCCUCGAGAGAAAUUCGACAGGUGUUGUCAGCUAAAGAUGGCGAUGGCUCCGAUGCUGGGGUUAAAGGUAGUCUUAAGAUGAUGAUCAACCGGCUCCACCUCGACGGACCUACUAUUCUCGCGGAUGAAAUUCUCGCAGCCAUUGACGAAGAAGGUCUCUUACAGAGGCAACGCAUGGAAGAUGCCACGGCCGCGGAGGUAGCGGUGUUGGCACAAGAAGUAACAGCAACAGAGGGAUUGCCAGAAGAUCUCGAAACGUUACCCAAGAAGGUGAAGGGAAGGAAAAAUGCCACACCUGCAGCGGAAGAACAGAUCGUUGAUACAUGGAUCAUGAGACGCGAGGCAAGUCCAGCUUUGCGCAGCUUACACGAAGAGCUUGAUCGACUGCACGACAAAAAGUCGCGGCUAACAACGUGGCUGCGUGAUUCUGUCAGAUCGCCCCAUAUAUCACUCAGGUGGUCCGCCGGACUGGGGCACAUUUGCCAUGUCAGGAAUGCCAGAAUUACGCAGGCAUCACUCGAAGAGCUGGGAGUAACGCGAAGCGUAUACUCAACCAAGAGCACCCGAUCAUUCUACCUGCCAGCAUGGACGGACCUUGGCGGUAAAAUGGAUCAAGUCAAGAUCCAAAUCCGGCAAGAAGAACACGUUAUUUUCGAACGACUUCGGCGAGGUGUGAUCCUGAACCUGGUGAAGAUCCGGCACAACGCAGCCGUCAUGGACGAGCUUGACGUGGCUUGUUCAUUCGCAAACCUUGCUCAGGAGCAGAACCUAGUCCGUCCAAUAUUAAAUAUGGGCACGGCACAUCAAAUUGUGAGCGGUCGGCAUCCAACAGUUAAGCUGGGACUCGAGGAGCAAGGUCGACCGUUCGUUAGUAAUGACUGCUUUUUAGGCGAUGAUGCGGAACGAAUCUGGCUCAUCACGGGUCCUAACAUGGGAGGAAAAAGCACAUUUCUUCGCCAGAACGCUUUGAUUACGAUCUUGGCACAAGUCGGCUCCUUUGUGCCAGCGGCGUAUGCAGAGCUCGGGAUUGUCGACCAAAUAUUCAGUCGGAUUGGAGCAGCUGAUGACCUUUUCCGUGAUCAAUCUACAUUCAUGGUUGAGAUGCUGGAAACAACUGCCAUUUUAACACAAGCUACACCGCGGUCUUUCGUAAUAAUGGACGAGGUUGGUCGUGGGACGACGCCCGAAGAUGGUACGGCGGUGAGUUACGCGUGCCUGCACCACCUGCAUUAUCGAAAUCGAUGCCGGACGCUAUUCGCGACACACUUCCACGCUCUGGCGAAGAAGACACAUGACUUCGAUGCACUGGGACGGUAUUGUACAGAUGUCAAGGAAACGGAAUCCGGCUUGUUUUCCUUCAUCCAUCGGCUGCGGAAGGGGGUUAAUCGCGAGUCACACGCGUUGAAGGUAGCAAAAUUGGCGGGAUUGCCCCAGGAAACCAUAGAAAUGGCCAGGGAGUACCGGGAUGAAUUGCGGGAUGGAAAAGAUGAUGAAACGAUCCUUGAUUGA